GGGCGGUGCGCGCACGCACGACGCACGCACGUCCGGCGCGGAGCCCGCGGAGCCCAGGGAUCCCAGCCCCGAGCUUCGAGAGGGCUCCAGCUCCCCGGCCCGCCAGACCCGGCAGCCAGCAGCUGGCCUCCGCGGCCCCCUCCCGCGCUGCGUCCUCCCCGGGCCGCCCCCAGCGGCGGCCGCUGCCCGACUCUGGGCAGCCUCUGCCCCUCGGAGAAGGCCUCUGCCCUGGCACCUGGGAGGACCUCCCGCAGGGUUGGCGCGCCCCCAGGACCUGGGCCUGAGGGUGACCCGGGAAGGGACUGAAAGUUCGGACGGAGGGUGGGCAUGGGGGGAAGAGCGUUUCCCAAGAAGCCUUAGAAAGUCUACCUGUGACCUGUGAGGGGGACUCUCCGCGGCCCUUGGGGCGUGAGGCAGCCUCUGGCUGAAGCUUGGGGCUGACACCCAGCGGGGUGGCAGAGACGCUUGGCUGGCAAGGACUACUCAGGGCUGAGCGCCAGCCACCUGAUGGGGGCGCCCUCCCUCACACCCAUCCCAGCAAAGAAAUACUGCCCUAAGGAGCCCCCCGAUUCUUGCAGACUCUUUUAUCCGGAAGAUCCUAUUAAGAUUGUCCGGGGCCAAGGACAGUACUUGUAUGACGAACAGGGUGCAGAAUACCUCGAUUGUAUCAACAAUGUGGCUCAUGUUGGACACUGCCACCCUCUCGUGGUCCAGGCAGCACACGGACAGAACCAGGUGCUCAACACCAACAGCCGGUACCUGCACGACAACAUCGUGGAUUAUGCGCAGAGGCUGUCAGAGACCCUCCCACAGAAGCUCUGUGUGUUUUAUUUCCUGAAUUCUGGGUCAGAAGCCAAUGACCUGGCCCUGAGGCUGGCCCGCCAGUACACAGGACACUGGGACGUGGUGGUAUUAGACCAUGCUUAUCACGGUCACCUGAGCUCCCUGAUUGACAUCAGUCCCUACAAGUUCCGAGACCUGGAUGGCCAGAAGGAGUGGGUCCAUGUGGCACCUCUCCCAGACACCUACCGGGGUCUUUACCGGGAGGACCACCCCAAUCCAGCUGGGGCCUAUGCCGGCGAGGUGAAGCGCGUGGUGAACAGCGUGCAGGAGAAGGGCAGGAAGAUCGCAGCCUUCUUUGUGGAGUCUCUGCCCAGCGUUGCAGGGCAGGUCAUCCCCCCAGCCGGCUACUUCCCGGAGGUAGCAGAGCACAUCCACAGGGCCGGAGGGCUUUUUGUCGCAGACGAGAUUCAGGUGGGCUUUGGCCGAGUAGGCAAGCACUUCUGGGCCUUCCAGCUGCAGGGAGAAGACUUUGUCCCCGACAUUGUCACCAUGGGCAAGUCCAUUGGCAACGGCCACCCCGUAGCGUGCGUGGCCACAACCCAAGCUGUGGCCAGGGCCUUCGAAGCCACCGGUGUCGAGUAUUUCAACACGUUUGGGGGCAGCCCGGUGUCCUGCGCCGUGGGCCUGGCCGUCCUGCAUGUUCUGGAGAAGGAGCAGCUGCAGGCUCACGCCGCCUCUGUGGGCAGCGUCCUGAUGGAGCUCCUCCGACAGCAGAAAGCCAAACAUCCCAUCAUAGGGGACGUCAGGGGCAUCGGGCUCUUUAUUGGCGUGGACCUGAUCAAAGACGAGGCAACCAGGGAGCCAGCAACUGAAGAGGCGAACUACAUGGUGUCCAGGCUGAAAGAGAACUACAUUUUGCUGAGCACUGAUGGCCCUUGGAGGAACGUCCUGAAGUUUAAACCCCCAAUGUGCUUCAGUGUGGACAACGCACGACACGUGGUGGCCAAGAUGGACACCAUCCUGACAGACAUGGAAGAAAAGGUGAGAAGCUGUGAGACACUGAGGCUCCAGCCCUGAGGCAGCCCAGCCAUGUCACAUCCUCGCCCCCCCGCCCG